AUGGAAGAAAAACUAAAUCAUAAAGCCUUUCAAUCGAAAGGGAAUGUACAUGAAUGUAAAAUAUGUGGUAAAAAAUGCAGUACUAAAAGUUAUUUAAGCCAACAUUUAAUUAUUCAUACACAUGAGAAACCGAAUUUGUGCGAGAUUUGUGGUAAAGCAUUUAAACAAAAAAGAACUUUGGAAGCGCAUUUGCUCAUUCAUGCAGGAGAAAAAUCUUUUGCCUGUGAUGUAUGUGGAAAAUCUUUCAUUCAAAAAAGUAAUUUAAAAACUCAUUUGCGUGCUCAUACUGAUGAAAAACCUUAUAUCUGUGACUUCUGUGGCAAAGCAUUUUCGAACAGAAGCAGUUUUAAAAAACAUCUACGAAUUCAUACGGAAGAGAAACCUUAUAUCUGUGAUGUAUGUGGUAAAACUUUUACACAGAGAGAGCAUUUACAAAGACAUUUACGUAUUCAUACAAAAGAAAAGCCUUAUGCCUGCGAAGUCUGUGGCAAAACGUUUGCGCAGAAUCACCAUUUACAAGAACAUUUACGUAUUCAUACAAAAGAAAAGCCUUAUCCCUGCGAAGUCUGUGGCAAAACGUUUGCGCAGAGUAACCAUUUACAAGAACAUUUACGUAUUCAUACAAAAGAAAAACCUUAUAACUGCGAAGUUUGUGCCAAAUCGUUUUCGCGCAGAAGUUCUUUAAAAAGACAUUCAAGUACUCAUAGAAAUGACUAUAUGCUCAUCUGUUCAAUAAUCAGGGAAUUCAAAUUUAAAGGUGAAAAAUAUAAUAUGGAAGAAAAACUAAACCAUAACCUCUUUCAAUGGGAAGGAAAUGUACAUCAAUGUAAAAUUUGCGAUCAAAAGUGCAAAUCUAAAUUCAAUUUAAGCCAACAUUCAAUUAUUCAUACAGAUGAGAAACCGAAUUUAUGCGAGAUUUGUGGUAAAGCAUUUAAACGAAAGGGUAAUUUGAAAAAACAUUUGCUCACUCAUACAAGAGAAAAAUCUUAUGCUUGUAAUGUAUGUGGUAGAUGUUUCACCCAAAAUUAUAAAUUACAAAAUCAUUUGCUUACUCAUACAGGUGAAAAACCUUAUAUCUGUGACUUUUGUAGCAAAUCAUUUUCCGACAGAAGCAAUUUCAAAAAACAUCUACGAAUUCAUACGCAAGAGAAACUUUAUAUCUGUGAUGUAUGUCGUAGCGCUUUCACGCACAGAUGCACUUUACAAAUGCAUUUAUGUAUUCAUACAAAAGAAAAACCUUAUGCCUGCGAAGUCUGUGGUAAAACUUUUACACAGAGAGGUAAUUUACAAAAGCAUUUACGUAUUCAUACAAAAGAAAAGCCUUGUGCCUGCGAAGUCUGUGGCAAAACGUUUGCGCAGAGUAACCAUUUACAAGAACAUUUACGUAUUCAUACAAAAGAAAAACCUUAUAACUGCGAAGUUUGUGCCAAAUCGUUUUCGCGCAGAAGUUCUUUAAAAAGACAUUCAAGUACUCAUAGAAAUGAAAAUCCCUAA